AACCCCUUAUUUCCUGCGCUGCGCCCUUUUUUCCAUAGUCAAACCUUCCUACCAUUUCUUCUUCUUCUUCCUCCUCUUCCUCUUCUCCGCUUCGAGGAGGCAUCCGCAUCACGGUACGAGAAACGCAUGCGCCACAAGGAGGAGGAUAGGAGGCUCUAGCUGUCCUGUUGUCGCGUCCCUGUGCUGUGCUGAGCGCGCACGCGCGUGCGUGUAAGGAAAGGGAAGGGAAGGAGAGAGGGGAUGGAGGUGGGAGAGGAGGUGGCGCGUGCUCUGGGCGCGGGCUUCGACCUCACGUCUGACUUCCGCCUGCGAUUCGCCAAGAUCCGCCGGCGGCUCGUCGAUCUCUACGAAGCAGGGGCGAGGGAUGUCUCCGUACCGGGAGGGGGCGGCGCGGUUCUGCGCGGGGUGCCGCGCGACGUCGGCAUCGACAAGGGCGACCGCAUACGCUUCCGCUCCGACGUCCUCGAGUUUAACCAGAUGUCAGAAUUACUUAAUCAGAAAUCUUCAGUCCAAGGGAAAGUGCCUUCGGGGUAUUUCAACACACUUUUCGAUUUAACGGGAGCUUGGCUGACAGAUGCCAAAGAUACUAAGCAUCUCGCGUUCGAUGGCUAUUUCAUUUCAUUGUUCAACCUGAACCUAAAAGCUUCUCCAUUGGUUCUUCGCGACGAAGUAAAAAAUGAUGUUCCAUCCAAGUGGGAUCCUGUAGCUUUGUCAUGGUUUAUCAGAACUUAUGGGACACACAUAAUUGUUGAAAUAGCAGUUGGAGGUCAGGAUGUCAUAUGUGUUAAACAAAGUCAUUCCUCAACUAUUUCAUCUGCUGACCUUAAGCUACAUCUGGAAGAUCUUGGCGAUUUUCUAUUCUCUGAUGGGAAAAAUCUCUCCCCUAUACAUCGUAAAACUAAGGAUGGCAAGAGCAAGGUGCCUGAUGUUUUUGUCAGGAUAAUACAGCAGCCUAAUAACUUGCAUCUUUCCAGCUACUCAGAAUCAUCAACCAAGGAUGGCCUGACGAUUACAUGUUCGAAAAGAGGUGGAGAUGUGCGCAUACCCAGUCACUCUAAGUGGCUACAAACAGUUCCGAAGAAUCCUGAUGCUAUAAUGUUCAAAUUUGUUCCUAUCACCUCUCUUCUUACCGGCAUCCCUGGUAGUGGUUACCUCAGCCAUGCCAUCAAUUUAUAUCUUCGCUAUAAACCUGAUCUUCACGAGUUACAACAUUUCUUGGAGUUUCAAGUGCCUCUACAAUGGGCACCUAUCUUCAAUGAGCUUGUCCUUGGACCUCAGAAGAGAAAAGGCUCCUACCCUUCAUUGCAGUUCAGAUUCCUUGGCCCCAAACUUCGGGUUAGCACUUCUCAGGUGUCAACUGCCCAGAAGCCUGUAGUCGGCCUUCGGUUGUAUCUUGAGGGUAGGAAGUGCAAUCGGUUGGCCAUCCAUGUCCAGCACCUCUCUAGUGUCCCAAGCAUGCUUGGAGACUCGACGACAUCUUUGAUAUCGGAGUGGCGUGAGUCACAAGACACUGACCCAGGGUACAUUGAGGCCAUCCAGUGGAAUAGUUACGCAUGCGUUGCUACAUCUGCUGUAAAGUAUAACCCUGAGUGGAGUAGGAGAGUUUCUGGUGGGGUUUUCAUCGUCACUGGUGCCCAACUCUUCACAAAGGGAACCUGGGCAAGGAAGGUUCUCCAUCUUCGGCUCCAUUACACGCACGUCCCAAACUGCACCGUACACAAAUCUGAGUGGACCCGAUCCCCAGCAGCAUCUCAAAAGGGGAGCUUCCUUACUACAAUAAGCACAACCCUCAGCUCUCCUUUCACGCACCGCAAUGUGCAGCCUCCCCAGAAACAUGAGCCGGCACAGCUGAAUUCAGGUGUUUACCCUGACGGCCCGCCCGUCCCACUUCAGUCGAGAAAGCUCCUGAAGUUCGUCGAUAUGUCGGAGGUGGUGAAGGGGCCCCAUGAUGUUCCUGGGCACUGGCUGGUGACUGCUGCCAAACUUGUGAAGGAAGGGGGAAAGAUUGGAUUGCAUGUGAAGUUUGCCUUGCUCAGUUAUGAUGAUACAGAACCAUUGCAUGAAAGCAUCAUGAGCUGAUCCCUGUAAAUACCAGCUCGAGGUUGAUCUUUGUAGAUGUCAGGAUUUUGGAAGCAGCAUUAGGAUAAGAAAUUGUUACCCAUUUUUUGGCCUACAGAAAAUGUAUAUAGGACACAGACAAUAAAGUAACGUGCUCUGUAUUGAACA